CAACACUGGUGUUGUUAACAAAAACAAGAUGGCUUUGUGUGCUAGGUGCUUUUUUGUAUAAUUUUAUGUUUGACUAAUAUUCUAAAAACUAUUACUAGCCCACAAAUCAUCGCUCAACCGAAUAAUACUGGAAUAAUACGAGUGUUGACAUGAAUAAGAGACGGAGAACAUCUUCUGUCGCAAGUCGCGGAGUCGAUGAUGAAGAUGAACCACAGCAGGCAGAGCCAACUCGCAAACGGAAGAGACUAGAUCCGAUGGAAAUCGUGCAAUUAGUUUAUGAUGUAAUCCGGAAUCAUAAAAAGGACGACGGAUCUCUUUUGUGCGACGCAUUUAUUCGCGCUCCAAAACGCCGCCAGGAACCGAGCUAUUAUGAGGUUGUUACAAAUCCAAUAGAUCUGCUGAAAGUGCAGCAGAAGAUCAAGACUGACGAAUACGAGCAUGUCGAACAGCUACAGGCCGACAUUGAACUUUUAGUCAACAAUACCAAAGCUUUCUAUAAGCGCCAAUCACCUGAGUACAAAGACGCAACUGAACUGAUGGACCUGUUUCUUUCCACUAAGAAUAAACUUGUAGACAAUGGCAAAAGCUCGGACGAAGGCUCACUCGAGGCUCACUCAAAGGGCAAGAUCGUUCUCAAAGUCGGAAAGCUAGCUAAGAAGAGCGAUCAAGCGGCACAACCACAGCCGCCGACUCUGUCAGCGCGCCAACUGCGUUUGGAGGAGAGAGAGAGGGAACAGCGCGAGAGAGAACAGCGUGAGAAAGAGAGAGAGGAAGAUGGAGGAGGAGGAGAGAAUGCGGGUGAGGAGGAGUUGAACAUGUGUGAAGAGCUGUUUACAGCUGUGAUGACCGCUACUGAUCCCAACACCAAUGAUAAUCGGCCACUGCACACCAUGUUCCAGCUGUUGCCCUCUGUCAAGCGCUACCCGAAGUACUACGAAGUGAUCGAGUCGCCGAUCGAUUUGCGAACGAUCGCGCGCAAACUGCAAGCUGCUGAGUACACAUGUUUGGCCGACAUGGACCGCGACCUGCAGCUGAUGACGCGCAACGCAUGCGCAUUCAACGAGCCCGGCUCUCAGAUCUACAAGGACGCCAAAACCCUCAAGAAGAUCAUCUCGAGUCGGCGCAUCGAGAUCGAACACGGCAAGGUGGCUCGCGAGGGAAAGACUAGCGAGCGCAUCAGGAAUAAGCGUCUGCGCGGAAGUCAGUCGCUGUCUGCGAUUACAGCCGCUCUGCCCAGUGACGACUCUGAGGAGGAAGAGGAAGAAGAGGAAGACGGUGCGGGAGGAGGAGAGGGGGAUGCAGAGGAGGAGAACAACCCAAGAUGGCAGCUCUUUCAAGCCGUCAAGAACGCCACUAGUCCCCAAGGUGCACUGUUGAGCGAGCCAUUUUGGAAGUUGCCAUCCAAACGUUACUACCCUGAUUAUUACAAGGAAAUACGCAAUGCUAUUUCUCUUAUGCAGAUCGGAAAGAAGUUGAAGCGUGGUGAUUAUGGUACAGUGAGCGAAGUUGCUGGAGAUAUGAACAUAAUGUUUGAAAAUGCCAAAAAGUACAACCGACCGGAUUCCAAACUUUACAAGGAUGCUGUUAAACUGCAAAAGGUGAUGCAGAGCAAGGUUCAAGAGCUUCUAGAGUGUGACCAUCAGUACUCGGACAGUGACGAAGAGGAGGGGGGUGGUGGGGUUGGUAAGCGGGGGGGAAGAGGGGCUGGAGUGAGCACCCCUCACCGCUGCAUCACACGAGGCAAGUACAUGCACAACAUUCCACUCAAGCGACGGCUCUACUCGCUCUGCAAGUGCCUCAUCGACUAUGUCUGUGAGGACGGCAGGCAGCCGAUGCUGAUGUUCAUGGAAAAGCCGUCGAAGAAGCUCUAUCCCGACUACUAUGAAGUGAUCGAGAAUCCAAUUGACAUGCUCACCAUAGAGGCCAACAUCAAAGCCGAAAAGUACACCAAUCAGGACGAAAUUCUCAACGAUUUCAAGUUGAUGUUCAGAAACUGCCGCCAGUACAACGAGGAGCAGUCGAUGAUCUACGAGGAUGCCAUCCGGCUGGAGCGAGUUCUCAUGGAGAAGGUGAAGGAGUUGGGACCCGAACAGGGGGCGAACCCCGCUACCAACACCCCCACCCCCCAAUCGGCGCCGCCCCAAAAGAAGAUCAACAAAGUCGUGAAACAGGCAGUCGACUCGACGCCACGAACGGUGACGAAAACAAAGCGACUGACGACAGCGCACAACACUCUGCUAUCGCCCAGUGUGUCGCUAAGCGACAAACCACUGCCGCCACCGGCCACGCUACAAAAGAUGCGCACUCUGUACAACACGCUACGCGACUAUCGCGACCCGCGCGGCCGCCAACUGUCGCUCAUCUUUUUGCGCCUGCCGUCCAAGAUCGAGUAUCCGGACUAUUAUGAGGUCAUCAAGCGACCCAUCAACCUCGAAACGAUAUCGCACAAGCUCAAGACGAACGCUUACGAGGGCCUGGACGAGAUAGUGGCCGACUUUGUGCUGAUGUUCGACAAUGCAUGCAAGUACAACGAGCCCGACUCACAGAUCUACAAGGACGCGCUCAUGCUGCAGAGGGUGUGCCUGCAGACGAAGCUGCAGCUGCGCGAGGACGAGGAGGCAGUUCCCGAUGUGAUAUCAGCUGUUCAGGAGCUGCUGACCUCCCUGUUCACAGCUGUCUACAACCACCAGGACGAGGAGGGUCGCUGCUUCUCCGACUCAAUGGCUGAGCUGCCUGAACAUGAUGAGGUUGAGGGGAAGCGUCAACGCGCCUUAUCUCUGGAUCUGAUCAAGCGACGCCUGGACGGAAUGCAGUAUCGGCGUCUGGACCUUUUUCAGGAAGACCUGUUCUCCUGUCUGGAGCGGGCGCGCCGUCUCUCACCCGCCGCCGACUCCCAGGUCUUCGAGGACUCAGUCGAGCUACAGUCCUUCUUCAUCAGACAGAGGGACGAGCUGUGUCGGAACGGUGACCUGUUGCACUCUCCGGCACUCAACUACACACUCAUGGAUCUGUCGGCGGCAGUCGAUGCCACGCGCAUGCGCAAGCAGCAACAGCAGAAGGAGGAGGAGGAAGGAAAGGAGGGGGAGAAGGAGGAGGCUGAGGAGGAGCCCGUCGAUGAGGAGGCCGAGACUCGUAGCUCCGAAGAUGGCGCCAAGUCGGUUGAUGGGGGUGUUACGGUACGAGGCACGGCUGACAACGCGAUGUCGUUCAACCAGCAGGUGUAUCGCAUCGGUGACUUUGUUUACGCGGAAGCCAAGGAACGCGGCAUGGAGCCAAUGUUGCUGAACAUACAGCGGCUGUGGACCAGUGUGGACGGCCAGCAAAUGCUCUAUGCCAACCAGUUCUAUCGGCCCAGGGAGACCUAUCAUGUCACCACCAGGAAGUUCCUCGAAAAGGAGGUGUUCAAGACAGAGCAACACGUGGCGUUGCCGCUGAACAAGGUGGUGGGUCGCUGCUGUGUGCUGAGUGUGAAGGACUACUUCCGCGCCAAACCAACCGCCUUCGACGACAAGGACAUCUAUGUGUGCGAGAGUCGCUAUUCGUCCAAGGCACGCGCCUUCAAAAAGAUCAAGAAUUGGCCAUCGAGCUUGAGCAACAACUACAAGCUGGAGCCACGUGAGAAAGUGCUGGAGCCAAUCAGAAACAUGUCUGUGUUCCGGGAGCGAGUCGAAAAGCACAAGGAAGAAAUCGCCGAACUCGAGGAGCAGGAGAAACUUGUUAUCAAGGAGAAACCGAACGUGCCAUUAGAAACAAAUAACGAGCUGAAUGUAACCUAUUACGAGCAAUACAAUCAUAAAGGAAUAGUUAUUAAGACCGGUGACUGUGUGUACCUGAAAGCCGAUGGAAAACAGGCGAUCGCUCAAAUUGACACCAUAUGGACCAAUGUCAAUGGACUGGCGUUCAUUCGUGGACCGUGGAUGCUGCUGCCAAAGGAUCUGCGAAACUGUGCGAUGCGCAUAUUCUACAAGCAGGAGAUAUUUCUGAGCACGGUCGAGGACACCAUACCAGUUGACACUGUUGUCGGCAAGUGUGCAGUGCUCGAGCACAGCGAGUACAUUUCCUGCCGGCCGACCGAGAUUCCCGAGGCCGACGUCUACCUGUGUGAGUCCAAGUUCGAUGAGGCCAAACAGCUGUUCCGCGAGUUGCCACGUGAUGGCCUCAAGAAGUACACUCACUCCUCUGCAGUCACUCAGGACGAGAUCUACUUCUUCAGGCGACUGCUCAAUCCGCCCAGGGUAGGAGUCACUGGAGAAGUAAUAACUCUGCCUUCAGCUGACAGAUCUCAUAGUCACCAUCAUACCUAUAUGCACCAUUACGACAGUAGCAACUGUGGGUCUUCGCCAGUGGUGACCAAACUGGAGUCUGAGAUGAUGCUGGAUGACUCACUGGACGGAGUGGGAGGGGUGGGGGGACCUCCUUCGGUCAACUCAGACACGGGUCUGGCAGGGGGAGGCGGCUCCUUCUCCUCUGUGCUCGCCACGCCCACUUCUACCAAAAAGACAAACAAAAUGUCUGGCAAGAAGCUAGUGACCGGAUACAUCCUGUAUUCGGGUGACAUCCGGAAGGGAAUCGCAUCCAGCAAUCCGGACAAGGGCUUUGGCGAAGUCAGCCGGAUGGUCGGCAACGAGUGGCGUAAACUACCGACCAGCGAGAAGAUAGCCUACGAAGAGAAGGCGGCGCGUCUAAACGAAGAGACGACAGCGAAAUUCGCCGAGCAAGAACAACAACAACAACAGCUGCUGCUGGCGGGAGGGGCGGGGCUAAGUGGAGCGGGUGUGGGAGGAAAAGUGGGCGUGGCCGGUGGAGUGGGAGGGGCUGGCAAGGUGACUGCGAUUGGUGGAGCGGCGAAGGUGGAGACAUGCGCAGUGUUCGAGUGCGCAUGGGACAGCUGUGACCACCAGUUCGAGGACAUGGUGGACUGCAUUGAGCACGCAGUUGCCGACUCGACCGGUCAUGUGCAACAGUUCUUUGCCGCCAUUCCGCCCACAGAUGUGGAGUACCAAUGCCAGUGGAAGACGUGCAUUCGCAUGAAGAAGCAGUGCGCCCCCUUCCCCUCGCUGCAUCGGUUGGCUCGCCAUGUCAAGGAGGUGCACAUCAUGAAGUCAACCGGUCGUCUCAUACCUGUAGAUCAGCGCAGCAAGAACUAUGUGCCAAGUUCAAGGCCACCUCCCACACAACCCCAAUUGCAGCAGCCGUCAACUGCAACAACAACAGUCACAACAACAGCUGUCAACAGCAGUCAACAACACACCACUGUUAUCACAACAGUUGGACUGCCAGAAGUCACGUUGGCCGGUGGUCUCUCUUCGAACAUAAUCAGCAGCCAUGCUCGCAAUACGCCGUCUCCUCACUCCCAGAACGGUGCCACGUUUGCUGCUCAGAAACCCGUUGAACCUUUGUUCGUGACUGUUCCGCCAAGACCGCAAAGACUAUUACAUUCCGAUGCCUACGUCAAGUACAUAGAGAACCUGUCGGCCGAGUCUCGUUCGAUCAGCAACUGGGAGAAACAGCUGCGCGCCUCACAGCUGGACCAAUCGCAGACCGCGGCUCAGAUAGAUGUGGCCAAGCUGCCCGCCCAUUGGUUGGCCAAUGGCACCGCCAAUCACGGCAACGUUGUGAACGCCCUCUGGACACUCAGAGACUACAUGUUUCGUGACGCCCUGGGACUAUCCAAAAUCGUCUGAACCCCGCUGGAUAGACAAAUAAUACCUUUAAAUCUUACAAGAGUUCAUAUACAACAUUCUGCGGACACUUCUGCAAAUUUUCUGUCCAAAACCGUCUGAACCCUACUGGGUAGAGAAGUAAUACCAUUGGAUCUUGUAUGAGUGUUCACACUCGACAUUUAGCAAAUUUGCUGACCUAAAUCGUCUGAACCCUACUGGUUAGAGAAAAGAUACCAUUGGAUCUUAUAAGACUGUUCACACACAGAAUUUUUCAAAUUUGCUGUCCAAAAUCGUCCUGAACCCUGCUAUAAAUUUGAAAAUUUAUAACAUUGUAUCUUAUAAGAGUCUGAACCCUACUGGGUAGUGAAAUAAUACCAUUGGACCUUGUGUGAGUGUUCACACACAACAUCUUGCUAAUUAUCUCUUCAAAAUCGUCUGAACCCUGUUAGAAAUUUAAAAAAUAAUAACAUUGGAUCUUAUAAGAGUCUGAACCCCACUGAGUAGUGAAAUAAUACCAUUGGAUAUUCACAUACAACAUUCUGGAACACGGAAAUGGAUGCUACGCUUAUUGUAUCUGUACAAAUACAGAUAUAAUCAGCUGAUGAAAAGUGAAAUGCGCGUGUUCGUGGCGCUCAAGUCUGUAUGCAUCUUUAGAAUGCUUAUUUUUGGGAGUGAAAAUAUGGAAAGAAGCCAGAGGCUAUGUGAGUGAACAUUUCCUUUAAGAACCAAUGGUAUGUAUUAUCUUUAUGGCCAGCAGAGCUGAUUUUGGGCGUCUAUUUUGCACAACUAGUAGUGUUUUUAUUUAAUUUGACAGAUUAUAGGAGGUGUGCUUAUUUAAAGUGAACACAACAGUGUUGGGAUAAAUGAUAGAAUAGUAUGGUUGUUUUCAAAUAUUGGCCGUUGUAGACUAGUUUUGAAAUCUAUGUUAGGUUGGAUUGCAGUGUGUCUAAACGAUCUAGUAUGAACGAACUCAAACAUUCAGAUUUUGUUAUGAAUGUAAAUUGCCUGUGUAUUAGAACAUGGUAAUAAUUUAUGAAUUAGACUAUCAAACAGCAUUUUUGGCUAUGUAUGAAUGUUGUUGGGUCAACUGUUUUAAUAAUGUGAAUUGAUGAUAAUAAAUCAUUGAAAACACUGCAUUCUAAGCUAUGUGCAAAUGCGAAUUUAUUGAAUUUAGUUGAUCAUACUUAAUGUCAUUAGAAGUCUAUUAUUAGGCUGCUUAGUGUAGAUGUUGUAUGGUAUGCUGUACUUUUUUGGUGAUUACCAUCUGUGAGAUGACGCGUAUUGUUUUACAAAAUGUAUGUGUUUUAGCUUUAGUUUCUUAUAUUCAUAUUUCGUCUCGAAAUAGGUACAUUAUAAUAAUCCUAUCAUUCACAUUUUUGGUGUUUGAAUCAUAGAUUCAACAUGAAACCAUUGUAUAAUAUUUUUCUACAGUAUCAUAGAUAAUAAUUCUGAAUUGAUCAAAUAUUCGAUUUACUUAUUUUUUUCAAUUUUAUCUACAUUUUCAGUAAUAUUGUUCAGGUUGACAUUUGAAUUAGAU